AGUAAAAUGGAUUAUGGAAUCAAAAUGCUCCAACUCCACUGGAUUCUUAAUUCCAUAAUGAAGUAAUAAAAAAAAAGAAAAAUAGAUUACUUCAUUUAUAUAGUAAAUCAGCGUUAAAAAAAAAAUUAUUGGCGUUUUAAAUUCUCAUCUACGAAUGUCAACGGCCUUUUCCAAUCCCGAGUCUAUUUGGAGUCAUAGUUCAAUCCAGAACAACAAGCCAAGCUGACAUAGAAGCACAACUGAAUGCACACUUCCUUCCUGGCUUAUUGAAUACUGAAAAGCACAUGUACAGAGCCACCCCUCACACUGACCGUACUUCCGGCAAACAUAAAUAGUUCUUCGAGUAAGAUUGGGUUGAAGCGGAAGGAUAUUUGCUUUAUUAGCUAAGGCUGAUUGAAUUGCUAACUGAACUUAACUAGUCUAAUUCCAUUAUUACGACCCUGCAGAUUAACAAAAAUCCAUUUAUUUGUUAAUACAACGGUCAAUAGUUUCACAACUUCACAACUCACAAGCAACAUCCAAGUCAAAAAGCAUUUCUAAAGACAUAGAUAAUUGCCGCUUAAGUGCUCAUUGCUUUCGACUCUCAACACUUCUCUCUCUAUUUAACCCAUUCACCUUCUCUCCUUCUUUCUUCAUAUUUUUCUUCUUCUUUUUCUUUCUUUCUUAAUACUUCCAUCUUCAUUCUCCUUAGAGCUCUCCAAAUGUCUCAAAUCUCAGAAACUUCUCCAAAGCAUUGUGCCAAGAAAGGAGGGAUUAACAUCAACAACCGUCGCAAGAAACUCUUCUUCACAUUCUCAACUUUCUUCAGCGGCCUUCUCCUCAUCAUCUUCCUCAUCUGGCUCACCCUCCGCCCCGCAAAACCCGAGUUCUCCCUCACAGAAGCCGAUAUCUACACCCUCAAUCUCUCCUCCUCCGCCACUCAUCUCCUCAACUCCUCAAUCCAGCUCACUCUCUUCUCCAAGAACCCUAACAAAAAAGUUGGAAUCUACUACGACAAGCUACUCGUAUACGCAGCAUACAGAGGGCAACAAAUAACAUCAGAAGCUUCUCUACCACCUUUUUAUCAAUCCCACGAAGAAAUCAAUCUUUUGACGUCCUUUCUUCAAGGGAAUGAGCUACCCGUUGCUCAGUCUUUUGGCUAUCAAAUCGUUCGUGAUAGGGCAGCCGGUAAAGUAAUCAUCGGUAUGAAGAUGGAUGGGAAGCUAAGGUGGAAGAUUGGGACGUUUGUCUCUGGCGCAUACCGCUUUAAUGUGAACUGUGUUGCAAUCGUUGCUUUUGGUCCUAACAUGACCACUGAUCCAUUAGCUCCAAUACAAGGGACUGGUUGCUCUACCGAUAUAUAAGAUAUAUUGAAUAAUCAACCAUAGAUAUACACUAUAGUUUCUUUUGCUGUAUUUCAAUGAUGCUUUUUGUGUUGGUGAUUAGUACUACUUGUAAAGCUAUAAUUAAACUGUUUAUAUAGAAUUAUAUAAAGAGCUUAUCUUUGGUUCAAAAGUAGGGGAGAGUUGAUAUGGUGGCUUUAGGCAGGAGAAAUUGUUUUGCCGUAUAAGCAAGCAAUUUACCUGAUUAUUUCCCCCCACAUCUCUUCAAUAGUUCAUGGUGGAUGUAUCUUUUUUGAGCUCUACGCAUAAAGAUUUGAGAUUGUUGGGUCCAUA